GACGAAGAUGAAGGUCAAAAGCGCCGCCCAAGAAGGCAACGAACUCAUUUUACAAGCUAUCAAUUGCAAGAACUAGAAGCUGCCUUCGCUCGUAAUCGCUAUCCGGAUAUGACAACAAGAGAAGAAAUAGCUAUGUGGAUUAACUUAAAUGAAUCCCGUGUCCGAGUUUGGUUUAAAAAUCGACGAGCAAAAUGGCGCAAACGCGAACGA